UUUUAGAAGCCGAAAGGGGAAGGCAGUCGAUCCCUUAUAGUUUUCCUUUUGUUCUUAGGUCUUUUCCAAUUUCUUUAAAUAUUCUCUCGUUUUUUCCUUUAGACUUAACCCGAUCAGCUUCAUUUUUGCCCAAUGAUGUUAUUGAAGCCUCUUCUCUACACGAAGAAAUCCCUGGAAAUGAACCGAAAUAUGUUCAUGAAAUGGUUGGAAGGAAACGUCUGACUCGAGUAGUUUAUGGAUCUGGCCUUUGUUCAACGGGCGCUUUGGCAAUAGAAAAGCUUUUGACACCGCCUGUGCUUAAACAAUGCUUAUUUCAACCCAUGCGUAUUGUGCGUAUGAAUACAAGAAAAAUUCGAUUUAUUGCUGCUGGUUGUGGAUUUUCUUUAUUUGCUUCGAAUAGUGAACUUUACGGAUCAGGACUAAAUAAUUUUUAUCAAAUUUCUGGUCCAAAGAGAAGAGACGAGGAUGAAAGGCCAAAUUUAGAAAGUGGUUAUGCUGGAAGGAAUGAAGCAGAAAUGUGGUAUAUACACGGAAGGAGAAUAGUUCUACCCGAAGAUAUUGGAAAUAUUCGAUGUAUAAGUGCUGGACGAAUGCAUUCUAUAGUCCUCACAGAUUCCAACAAAAUUUUCUGUUUUGGAAGUAAUUCACACGGACAAUGUGGAGCCGAUCCACUCGAUCAUUCAGUUGUUACUCACGAUAAGCAGCAUGAACUUAAAGAAAUGGAUGUUUCAACCAUUUUGGAAGGAGAUGUUGAGAUUGUUAAGGUCCACGCUUCUUUAGACACUUCCUUUGCUUUGUGUUCCAAUGGAAAAUUGUUUGCUUGGGGUUUAGGAACAGACGGCCAAUUGGGAAAUGGAAAUGAUCAAUUUCAAUGGAAACCUUCUUUGGUUCGUGGUGAUUUGGAAGGGGAAAAAAUUGUGGAAAUUGGUGGAAGUACAGAUACUUUAGUAGCUGUAAAUGAAGAUGGACAUCUUUUUAUUUGGGGACAAAACGAAUAUGGGCAAAUGUGUUCAAUUACUGAUGAACCUCAAAUAUUUCUCCCUCAACAUGUUCCUUUUAAAUUGGGGAAAAUUGUUGGAGCUGAAGCAACUGGAGUUUCAUGUAUUGUUUGUAAUUCUGACGGUCAAGUCUUCACUUGGGGUUCUCAUGUACUCGGUUUUGGACCCAAAGUUGAAAAAUUAACAAAGCCAAUGCAAAUUGACCCGCCUUUAUUUACUUCAGCAAUGAAUGAAAAAAAUUGGGUUGUUAAGGUUUUUGCUGGUGGUAGUUGUAUGGGAGCAUUAACUGAAGCUGGACAUUUGUUCACUUGGGGUUCAAACAAACACGGUGUUUUGGCACUUUCACAUCGAAAUCAUCAAUAUUUCCCUUUCCAGGUUUCUUUUGCUGAAAGUAUUAAAGAUGCAUCUUUUGGCCCACAUCAUUCGUUAUUUUUGACAAAUAAAGUUUAAAAAAAUAUUUCUAUUUUUUUAAAAUAAAUUUAUUGUUUUUUGUUUAUUUUAAUGUUUUUAUUUGUUUUUUGACAAAUUUAUUUUUUUUUUGAAAUUUUACUGGGCAUGUUUAUGCCUUAUCGUUUUUAGGCCUAAUUUUAAUUAAAAAUUAAACGAUUAUAGGACUAAAAUAGUUUUUAGUUAUAGAGCUUGUUUGUAGCUCAGUCGGUAAAGCUUCUUUCUUUCCCAUAACAGUCGACGGUUCGGAUCCCAUUCGUUUUAUUGGUUUGUU